AUGGGUCUCACUUUCUCGAAGCUGUUCGACCGACUAUGGGGCCGCAAGGAGAUGCGUAUUCUGAUGGUCGGUCUCGACGCUGCCGGAAAGACCACCAUUCUGUACAAGCUGAAGUUGGGUGAAAUCGUCACCACCAUCCCCACAAUCGGUUUCAACGUCGAGACCGUUGAAUACAAGAACAUUCAGUUUACCGUGUGGGAUGUCGGUGGUCAGGACAAGAUCCGUCCUCUCUGGAGACACUACUUCCAGAACACUCAGGGUAUUAUCUUCGUUGUCGACAGCAACGAUCGUGACCGUAUCGUCGAGGCUCGGGAGGAGUUGCAGCGCAUGCUGAACGAAGAUGAGCUCCGUGAUGCUCUGCUCCUUGUUUUCGCCAACAAGCAAGAUUUGCCCAACGCUAUGAGCCCUGCCGAAAUCACCCAGCAGCUGGGUCUGCAAAGUCUCACUCGCCGUCCUUGGGUAAGUUGUCCGUCUUUUUGGUUGUCUCUGGCCGAUCGGCUAACGUUGCGUCAGUACAUCCAAUCCACCUGCGCCACCACCGGAGAUGGUCUGUACGAAGGUCUGGAGUGGCUCGCCGAAACCCUGCGGAAGGUCAACCGCGACUAA